AGAAAGAACAAGAAGCUCUAUUCUUCUCAGCCCUCUUCCUCUCAACUUUCUUCGUAUCUUCUCUCCUCUCUUCCUCUUCUCUUAUCUGGUUGUAGGAUGCUAAACUUGUAACGUGGUAUCAGAAGGACUGCAAUUAGAUCUGAAUUUUCUCAUCUCUUCUCUGCUGAUCUUUAAUUUUUUUUUUUGAAACCCUUUGGUGAGCAGCCACUUAUUGCUGCACCUAUUAUGGCUUAAACACUCAAUCUCUCACCAAUGGAGUACUAGUAUCUACUUACAUAAUUAUCUACGAUUGCUAAUUUGAACAUCUAUGGAGCAAGGAUUGAUUAUUUUUCUUUGAAAAAUCAAAUUAUCAGGAAAUACCGGAUAAAAUUAAUGUUUUCUAGAUGCUUCCUGGUUGUUGGUUCCUUCGAUCAUAUGGGUAUUCUAUGCAUGGAUGCCACUGUUCUAUGUUAAAUCCACAUGAUUUGUGAUUUCUCCAACCAGGUGACAUCAAUUUUUUUACUUCUUCCUCAAUACCCUGCAAGUUCAAUCUUUUGUUCUAAAUAAAUGGUUGUUGCCUCGUUGCUUUGUGAUGCAUACUCAAUUUUUGGUUCCUUAUUACAACCCCGCAUCAAUUCUCUAUUGCUGCCUUUUUGAUCUAUUGGUUUUUGUUUUUGUUGAUCUUCCUUGGGGUUUUCAACACCUUAAAAGUUAAUUGAUUUUUUCUAUUUGCUCAUGUAUUUGAAAUUUCUCUGGUUGUUGUUCACUAUGGCUGAGAACAAGUCUACUACUUCUACAACAGACCAUGUGAAUGUAUAAAUCAUCUCUAUCAAGCUCAAAGGGAGCUUUAAUUAUUUACCAUGGGCUCAGGUUUUGAGAGUUUAUAUUAUUGCCAAAGAUAAGCUCAAGUUUAUUACUUCUGAUCCUCCUGCUUAUGCUAAUAAAGGCUAUAGUUCAUGGAUGAGAGAUAAUGAUAUCAUCUUCAUCUGGCCAUGGAACAGUUGGAAUUAACCAUUGCUUCUAACGUUAUGUUUUAGUCCACUGCUAUGGGUGUGUGGGAUGACCUAGAGAGAAUAAUACAACAACAUUAUUAACCAAAUAUUGAGUUGAAAGAAGCAAGAUGGUGCCCUUGAUGGUCGUGAAGAAUAAUCGUGAAGAUGGUGAAGGUCUGAAAAAUAAUGGAGAUGCAAGGGAGGAUCCAAAUCGGGGCCUUGUUAUCCAUGAGACUGAGGCGGUGGGUGAUAGACAUCCCUCAAAACAAUCCAAUGCUAGGGCAGCGGCCAAUGCAUCCUGGCCUGCAAUUGACUCUCUUCCUGAGCUGAUUCAAGCAGGCAAUAUCCAAAGAAUUGUCAUACCUCAGGAGGACUAUGAAUCCAAAUGCCAGGAUCUUCACAUGAGGAAGAUGAUUAGUGGAGGGUGUGAAAAAGAUGGGUUGUACUACCUCUACUAUGGUGCCCCUAAUUCUUUCACUAUUGCUACUGCUAUUAGUAGUGUCACUCCUUUCUAGUGGCAUUGUCGGUUAGGUCAUCUUCCAUUAGGCUCAAACUUUUAUAUUCUAUUUUUAAGUCAAUUCCUAAUAUGGAAUGUGAAGCCUGUGAAUUGAGAAAGCAUCAUCGUGCUUUUCUUCCUUCUCGUUUGGUGGCUCGUAAUCCUACUUCAUUUUCUUUAGUCCACUUAGAUAGUUAGGGUCCUUAUGGGGUUAGCAAUAGGAAUGGGUUCAGAUAUUUUGUGACACUUGUGGACAAUCAUUCUCGUAUUACUUGGUUGUACCUUUAAAAGAUUGCUUCAAAUUUUUAUCAAUGUUUCUGAAUUUUUAUAAUGAAAAAAAAACUCAAUUUGUUA